GAGAGAGAGAGAGAGAGAGAGAGAGAGAGAGAGAGAGAGAGAGAGAGAGAGAGAGAGAGAGAGAGAGAGAGAGAGAGAGAGAGAGAGAGAGAGAGAGAGAGAGAGAGAGAGAGAGAGAGAGAGAGAGAGAGAGAGAGAGAGAGAGAGAGAGAGAGAGGGAGGGAGAGGGGGACACAGUGUUCUAACUUCACAGAGGAAAGGAAACACCAGGAGCGGCUCUGUAUUUUUCCUACAAAGUAUCUUUGAACAUAAUUGAAAUUAUUUAAGAAAAAGGAAUUACUUUUGUUUUAUUUCUUAUAUAAAAUUCCAGUAUCUUACAUCCUGGCUAAAAACUCAAGAGGUAAUACUUUUUGCUCAUCCUUCAACUUGGAGAAAUAGUUGGCUACAAACAGCUACUUCAAUCAAAACACUCCUAGGACGAGAUGCUGGAGUGUGCUGAGGAGCUGGGGGGAGUGGCAGCGGGGGAUUCGGGCCCCCAGCCCGUCGCCGUGGUGUUGCAGCCCCCCUCGGCGGUGGUGGUCCCCCCUCCCUACAGUGCGGCCGAGGGGCCAGAGCCCCCCCUGGAGCUGCGCGGCUCACUGGACUGCUGGGCGUGCUCCGUGCUCAUCACCGCUCAGAACCUGCUCAUCGCCGUCAUCAACGCCAGCCUGGCUGGCCUGGUAUUCGGAGCCGUGCUUGCGCCCGCCAGCAUCAUGGUGACGUUCGGCUUCAUCUGCCACUCCAAGGUCAAACCAGUGGGCGCUGCCCCCUACUGUUCGGAGCUGCUGAAUGACAGCGGCUGCACGGCCCUCGUGGUGGUGGGGUUCCUGCUGGUCACCCCUCUGCUGGUGCUGGCUCUGGCUGCGUACUGCCGCAUGGCGCGCCACCUGCAGGUGGGGUUGUGUUUCAUCCCCUACAGCCGGGCGGUCUACAAGAACCUGCCCGCCACGCGCCACCACGGGCUGGGCUUCUGCUGCAGGCAGGUGGGGGGCAACAAGGGCAGUGGCAAGGUGUGGGUGUGAAGGGGGUGGGGGCGUCGGACAGGAGAUAGUUCAGAGAGUCCACUGCUCUGGAUUAUAAAUCACAUAUUAAAAAAAAAUAUCUGCCACAGUCUCCCACAAUCAAUAUCCCCCUCCUCCCCCCCUUUCCAGGGAUAGAAAUAAGACUCUUGUUGCAUAACAGCUUGAUAAGCCAUGAUAUAUUUUUUAAUAAAUGUUCAAACAUACUACUAUUAACUUUAAUCCAGGAAUCAGCAGCACCAGGUAGUCAUUUAUUUUUUUUCUGAAUCAUUCUCAAUUACAGCUUUGAUUAAUUAGUUAAAGGCUGAUUGCAGUGAAACUGUUGAUGGCAUCUUUACCCUUCUAAAACUUUACCACAGUAAAACACAGCAAAGUGUAAUGAAGUACAGUGAAAAGCAUGGUAAAGCAUAGGGAAGCAUUGUAAAGCACAGAGAGGUAUGGUAAAGCAUAAGGAAGCAUUGUAAAGCACAGAGAGGUGUAGUAAAGCAUAGGGAAGCAUUGUAAAGCACAGAGAGGUAUGGUAAAGCAUAGGGAAGCACUGUAAAACACAGAGUUAUGGUAAAGCAUAGGGAAGCACUGUAAAGCACAUUAUAAGACAUGGCAAACCAGGGUAAACUAUAGUAAAUGCAGAGUAUAACCAUGGGAAAAGCAUGGGGGCAAAACUUACCGAGGUAAACUUUUACAAGGGUAACAACAGUCUAUGAAAAUGUUUCAAGAAUUUCAAAAUGUAUUUAACCAAUGAAAAUUUAAUUGUAGUCUUUGACAAUCUAAGCAGUUGCUUAAUGUGUGCACUGAGUCCGCAACGUCCUACGGUGUAUUUCCAUUCUGAAUCACUUCUGUGUACAGAACUAAAAUCAAUACGUCUUGUGUUCUCAGCAACAGUAAUGCAUAUAUAUAUAUAUAUAUAUAUAUAUAUAUAUAUAUAUAUAUAUAUAUAUAUAUAUAUAUAUAUAUAUGAUACAGGCAAGAAAUGUUAAACUCCACAGAUGCAUUAAGUAUAGGAUGUAUGUGAAUAUAUGUUAAUACACUUUUUUUUAACUCUCUAUGUUAAAAAUGUUUAUAUUCACCGUUUUGUAUUUUUAAUUUUUCUUAAAAUAAUAAAGAAAGCA